AUGGAUAAUACAACACUGCCUACAUCUACUAAUAAAACUAGUUCUAUUAUAUCACACACUUUGAACGAUAGUAACAACAAGGUAAAUCCAACUUCGGAUAACUCUCCUGUUACCACUGGCAAUAUUGUGAAGAAAAGGUCACUAGAACAAGAACAAUCUCCUGGUGAAGAAAACGAUGAAUCCAAGGAUAAUAAAAACAAAAGAACUCGGACUCCAAGAGAAGGUGUUCCAAAAAAACCACGUUUGCCUAAACGGAAAGUUGCCGUUAUGCUAGGUUAUUGUGGUGCCGGGUAUCAUGGUAUGCAAUACAAUCCCCCAAGUAAAACUAUUGAAAGCGAACUGUUUAAUGCAUUUGUUAAAUCAGGUGCUAUUAGUGAAGAUAAUUCUACUGAUUUGAAAAAAAAUGCCUUUCAAAGAGCAGCUAGAACAGAUAAAGGUGUCCAUGCCGGGGGGAAUGUUAUAUCUUUAAAAAUGAUUAUUGAAGAUCCCGAUAUUAAGACUAAAAUUAACGACUUUUUGCCUUCUGGGAUACGUAUUUGGGGUAUUCAAAGAGUUAACAAUGGCUUUGAUAGCAGAAAAGCCUGCAGUAGUAGAUGGUAUGAAUAUUUACUACCUACUUACUCUUUAUUGGGCCCUAAACCAGAUUCUCCAUUGUACAAUGAUUUACACAAAAUAACCGGAUUCGUUGAUGGGGAAAGUGAUGAGUUUUGGAAUAAGUUGGAUGAAGAUUUGAAAAAGACAUUUACUCCUGAGCAAUUGGAUGCUAUUGAAAAUUACACUUUUGAUUACAAAAACAAUGGAAAUGACAAGACCGAUGAAAAAAUUAAAGGCACAGAAAUAGCACAAUCCCCUGAACCAGCAGAACUAGAUACCAAUGUUAACGAAAAAGUUUAUUUAUUAUAUAAAAAACAUAAGGAAAUCACAAACACCCAUCGUAGAGAAUACCGUUUAUCUAAUGAAAGAUUAGAACAUUUCCGUGAAGUUAUGAAGAGAUAUCUGGGUGCUCAUAAUUUCCACAAUUUUACUGUGGGAAAAGAUUUCAAGGAUCCCAGUGCUAUCCGUUACAUGAAGGACAUUAGAGUGAGUGAUCCAUUUGUUAUCGAAAAUACUGAAUGGGUUUCAAUCAAAAUUCAUGGCCAAUCUUUUAUGUUACAUCAGAUCCGUAAAAUGAUUAGCAUGGCUACUUUAGCUGUUAGAUGCCAAUGUGCAAGCAAUCUUGUUGACAUUGCGUUUGGGCAAGAUAAAAUGAAUAUACCCAAGGCACCAGCUUUAGGGUUAUUAUUAGAACACCCGGUAUAUGAUGGUUAUAAUCCAAGAUUGGAAAAAAUUGGCUAUGAGACUAUUACAUUUGAUAAGUGGGCUGGGGAGAUACAUGAUUUUAAAAUGAAACAUAUCUAUGAUAAAAUUUAUGCAGAAGAAUCUGAAGAAAACACUUUUUAUGCAUUUUUCGGUUAUAUUGAUUCAUUCAAUAAGUUGCUAGAGGGUAGACAGCAACAAAAUGACAAAACUACCAAUUUUGAAUACUUAGUUGAUGGUGAAAGAAGAUUUGCUGAAUUAAAGCAAAGGAAAGAGGAACAAGAAACAAAGCAAGGUGCAGAAGAAGAAGGAACAUCUGAAAACAACGAAGCUCUUGUACCUGCUGAACCCUCAAAUGUUUAA